AUGACGGCAAAGAAGAUGCCAGACAAGACAGAUGAAGAGGGGGAGAAGAUGAGGGAGUGCCUUUCCAUUCACAUUGGCCAAGCUGGCAUCCAGAUUGGGGAUGCUUGUUGGGAACUCUAUUGCCUGGAACAUGGAAUCCAGCCAGAUGGUGGUGUUCUCGACAGUAAAAAGGAUCAGUUGGAUGAUGCUAACGUGGAGCACAUGGAUGCAUCUUUCGAUACCUUCUUUUGUGAGACCAGAGCUGGGAAGUAUGUGCCCAGAGCACUCUUCGUGGACCUGGAGCCAACCGUUGUAGAUGGGAUCCGUACAGGCAAGUACCGCUCACUCUUCCACCCAGAGCAGCUUGUUAGUGGAAAGGAAGAUGCUGCAAACAACUACGCCCGAGGUCACUACUCUGUGGGGUCGGAGAUCAUCGACCUUGUGCUAGAGAGGAUCCGAAAGCUGGCAAAACAGUGCAGUGGACUUCAAGGAUUUUUGAUUUUCCGAAGCUUUGGAGGAGGCACUGGCUCAGGAUUUACAUCUCUGUUAAUGGAGCAGCUCUCGAUAGAAUAUAGCAGGAAGACUAAAUUGGAGUUCUCUGUCUAUCCAGCCCCUAGGAUCUCCACUGCUGUCGUAGAGCCUUACAACUCCAUCCUCACCACCCAUUCCACCAUAGAGCACUCAGACUGUUCCUUCAUGGUGGACAAUGAAGCCAUCUUUGACAUAUGCCAUCGUAAACUUGGUGUGGAACGCCCCUCUUACGCCAGCAUUAAUAGGCUGAUAGGUCAAGCUGUAUCUUCCAUUACUGCAUCCCUCCGGUUUAAGGGGCCCUUGAAUGUGGACCUAAUUGAAUUCCAGACCAACCUGGUACCUUAUCCGAGAAUACAUUUCCCCAUGACCACCUUUGCCCCCAUCAUCUCUGCUGACAAAGCCUACCACGAGGAGCUCUCCGUGUCAGACAUCACUGCGGCUUGCUUUGAGUUCUCCAACCAGCUGGUCAAGUGUGAUCCUCGACUGGGGAAGUACAUGGCCUGCUGCCUACUCUACAGAGGGGAUGUGGUCCCUAAGGAUGUGAAUGCAGCGAUUGCAGCCAUGAAGUCAAGGAACUCUGUUCGGUUUGUAGAUUGGUGUCCAACUGGUUUCAAGGUAGGCAUCAACAAUCAACCCCCCGUGGCGAUGCCAGGAGGGGACCUGGCCAAGGUCCAGAGGGCUGUCUGCAUGCUGAGCAACACCACAGCAAUUGUGGAGGCCUGGGCCCGCCUGGACCACAAGUUUGACCUCAUGUAUGCCAAGAGGGCAUUUCUACAUUGGUACAUCAGAGAAGGCAUGGAAGAAGGCGAGUUCUCAGAAGCCAGGGAAGAUUUGGCAGCCCUGGAGAAGGAUUAUGAAGAAGUGGGGCAAAGUUUCUGA